GUUGUCAGUAAAAACUUCCUUUUGCUAUAAAUAGUUUGUCAGCAGGCUUUUUUUCACAUUGAAUAUGAAAAUAUCAAGGGCAUCGCAUAUGACGACCAAUUCGACGUUUUAUUUGCAGGAGUUACAGAUGACGCUCUUGGAUUGUAGCAGUUCCUUCAUGUUAAUAUAAUGCUGUUCAACGCUAUUCUACCAGCGAACACAUCGGAGUGGACAAAUAUCCAAGAUGCAGCGUAAAAACUAUUAAACGUGACUCAAAAGAACUCGCACUUGCGUUGGAAGAGUCUGUAAUGCAAAUAGCAUUUUUUAAUGACUAGUUAAUUGUGUUGAUGUUUGAUCAUACAAGUGAAACUUUAGAUGGUAUACCAAGUAUAAGUCUUGGUAAAAGAUCCGACGAUAUCUUGUACCGAACACGAACAAGAGUAAACGUUCAUUAUGGAUGGUUAGACUAUUAUUAAAAGUGGAAGUUAAUAAAGAUCGUGGCUUCACAACCAUUACUGUGCAUCAGCAGUGGUGAUUGCACUUGCCCAUAAAUUCCAAAGCGAAUAACGCAACAGAGUUACAAUCCACUAACAUGUUCACAAGCAUGGAUUCACUCAGAAAGCUAAGUGCAGCGGCUUUAACGGCUUUGCGCCUGUUGCUUAUAUUAUCUGGAAUAGAACCAAAUCCUGGACCUUUCAACAAAACUAAUGGAGCCGGUUACCCUGCUUUCCACGACUGGGCGCUAAAGUCAGUCUUUGUUCUCAAUGUAGACCGAGAAAUGGAGGCAACAAUUUGGAACAAGAACUCAUCAGAAGCUAGAUACACCAGUUUCAGAAGGAUAUUGGUGACCAUUGGAAGAAAUUGUGGAAGUAACACUGCAUGCAUAUACAUCCGAGACAAAAAGAUAUUUCUUCUUUUAACAUCAAAACUACUUUCGAAAAUAGACUUUAUAAAGGCAAACAAACCAUUUCCACAAUCAUUUUUCGUAUAUCUUAAUGACAAUGGGGCAAUUCAAAUUUGUCGCAUAUCUUCAGAUCUCAGUUCUUUUCUCGCACCUGUCAAUGAAUACAUUACAAGUGGGAAAGUUACUUGCCUAGAUUAUAAUGAUUUUCAACCCUCAGUAUCUUUGGUUCAAAGCAAACAAUCUAAAGUAUCAAGCAUUACAGAGGACAAAACCCAUUUGGCAGGUUUCAGUAAUUCAGUGUAUAAUUUGAAAAUUUACAUCCAUGAAAAAGAAGAAAGCCCAACUCCCGCGUAUCCAGUUGAAAACGAGGAACAAAAUACCAUAGCCGUUCAAGCUGUUGGCGAUGUGGAUGGGUUUCGUUCAUUUGUUGCUACGUCGUCAGGCUUGAGUGAACUUCCUAUUCCAUGGAGCUACCAAUCCCAGACACAGAGUACUUCACAGGUGCAACAGCAUGGAAACAACAUCACUCCUCUACAAAUACACGAGCCAGUUACUGUUGCAAGGAUAGAACUAGACACAUCGGAACGAUAUGAUCCGACGGAAAUCCGGUGCAAUAGUUCAAAUCCUGUAGUAUCGAAUACACAAAGGUGGCGGGGCGAAGCAACGGAUUAUCCGACGGCAAAAUAUCCUCGCUAUGCAGCGGUCGAAGAUAGGACCGCAUCCUUUAGAAACUGGCCAAGGACACGACCAACAAUACCAGCUUUGUGUCAGAGUGGGUUUUUCUAUACAGGUAACGAUGACUUGGUUAGAUGUUUCUGCUGUGGUAUUGGUCUAAAAGACUUUUCCGACACUGACGAUCCUCUACAAGAACAUGUCCGUCACUCUAGGAACUGUGCUUACCUUUUAGUUUUGUUGGGAGGCCAAGACGGAAUGGAACGAUACCACCGAAGUUUGCCAACACAUGACCCCGAAGAGAUCAGACGCCAGCAGCGUCUUCGAUAUAUCAGCCAACAAAGUGUUCCUGCGACUGGGUAUAGGGCUAGACACGAACGGCUUCGGUCACUGCAGUCUCGAUUGGAUACUUUCACUAACUGGCCGUCACAUGUGACCCAAAGACCUCAAGAGCUCGCUGAAGCUGGCCUGUAUUACACAGGUAACGACGACCAUUGCCGAUGCUUUGCGUGUGACGGUGGAUUGAGGAAAUGGGAACACGGAGACGAUCCCUGGAUAGAACACUGUCGAUGGUUUCCUGCUUGUCCUUAUGCACGCGAAGUAAAAGGGCGCGAUUUCAUCGACCUUAUUUAGCUUUCAGCUGAUCAAGCUGCCGAAGAAAACGCAUCGGCGCCGCAACAAGAUAUGACUAACUCAUUGGCUGCCAUGUCAAUGGAGGAUCCUCUAGUUCAGAGAAUUGUUGAUCGACAUGACAGUAUGCUAAAAGAGAGCAUGGGAUUUUCUGAGGAAGAAAUCAAACAGGCAGUUCUCGAACUCGUUCAGCAAGGCAAUAAAACACCCAGCAUUGAAGAUAUCGUCACCCAAAUUGAAGUUAUUGCAGAGAGAAACGCAGUAUCUCGGGACUUUCAGAUUAUCCAGAAUGUUCAACAGACAGAAGAUGGAAUGAUAGAGGAAAAUAUCCGGCUGAAAGGAAUACUUUUGUGCUGCAUUUGCAGGACCAAUCACGUGAACAUUCUCUUCUUGCCAUGUACACACCUCAAAGUGUGUCUUGAGUGUUCGAGAAAUCUUCGUAGUUGUCCUCUUUGUAAGAGGGGAAUUAAAGACAAAAUCCGCACAUACAUGCUUUAAUUUUGAAAUAUGGGACUUUACUAAAAUCCGUUUGCCGUUGAUAUGUGUUUAUAAGACUCAAUUUAGCGAUCUUCAGAGAUCGUAGAAAAUUUUAAUAAAGGUAAAAUGUAAAACGUGCCAUGAACCAGCUUUGAAACACGGCUGAUUUGGGUGGAGAAACAAGUCAAUGUUUAUUUGUUAGCUCUCAGGAAACAGAUAUGUACAUCCUUAAGGCGACACUAGGUCAGUGGUGUCUUGGGUUUACAAAAUGCAGUGACACCCUCAAGGAAGUAAAUAUUUACAUAAUAUUGCCUUAUGAUUUGUGUGCAUUUUAUUUUAAACAUUGAUUAUUCUGUGUUUUUAUUGGUGGGAUUUUAAUGUUACGAUUCUUUGUUAUAACGUCAUUUGUAUCUUAGCAUGUAGAUUAUUGAAACACAUGGUAUGGUAUUCAAGCUGCAACCAUAGCAAACGCUUUGAUUUGUAAAAAGGAGUAUAAUAUAUUUUGAGAUACAUUAGUUUUUGUUAGGGGAAUUGUUUACAAACCGCCGAAUCUAAUCCACAUACAUGCCAUAUUUGCAUACCAAUGUUAUGCUCUUGGUAGAUCAUCUUUGUAUGACAAUUUAUGCAUCAAAGCAGUUUGUCUUUGAUGUAAAAACAAUAUCUUUAAAGCAACAAUAUAAUUUAGAAUACCGACAUUAAUCGUAGACGAGCACGCGAUAUAUUGUAUAGAUGUUGUGGACUUGACUCGUUUGCAUAUUGUAGUACGAUGUAGACGGAGAUUGUAUUGUUUUUACAUGUAAACACUGUACUGUGCUAAUGCAACUGAACCAAAUAAUAUGUAUUGCACAAGUUUACAGCCGUAAAUAUAUAAAUGUAUUUUCGUGAUUUAAGAAAUUCAUUUGCAUAUUCGCGAUUGGUUUUUUCUGUUGAUAGUUCUGAUUUACAGGUUAUAAAAAUGCAUUUAAAUAUUCACAUUGAACGCUAGUUCGUGAUUGUGUUGACAUCGCCCUGGCUUGUUUAGGUAUAUGGUGAACUCGGACAAGUAAACUAUCAAAACAGGAUAUAUAUUAAUAUAAUAACAUACUGGAUAAAACUUUUAAGAACACAAGAUAAUACAUUUAACAAAAAGGUUUAUUUGACUAUGCUUAAUUUUAGUAUUGAGUAUGCACCCAAGAAAAAUUGAUGCAUAUUAUUAAAAGAUCUACAAAGUAAUUUGGGAUUUUAUUCUGCUUGGCUUUUCCAAGAUGUUGAAAAUGAAAAUGCAAUCAUAGCGGUCGUAAUGCAAAGAUUGAGCUACAUGUUUGUAAAGAAUUGGAAAGAGAGACUUCAAAUUUCUUCUAGUGCACAUUUUUAUCAAUAUAUCGCUUAUUUUUAAUUUCAACCGUACCUUAAUAACUUAAUGUAUGUUAUGUUAAACAAUUUUGUAUUAGUUUAUCAAAACUAGUAUAUCAUCACAUUAAUUAAAUAUUGAGACAGGUAAAUAGACCUACGUCAAUGCCAUUAGAUCAAAUAAAUAGUAAUAUUUGUAAUAAACUCGAAGACGGGUUUCUAUUUAUUCUUGAAUGUAAAUUAUAGACGGAACUAAAAACAAAAUAAUCCAAUGUAUUACAGACAGAGACCAAAUAUGUACACUAUAUAUACAGCUUAUAACAUCAACUAAUGAAAUAUUAAUGUAUUACUCAUUUAAGUUCGAUCGCAUACCUGUGUAGCAUCUAUUUAAUGUAUUUAAAUGUGUUUUGUACCGCGAUCGGGUUGUAAUUUUAAAUGUAUUUAUUAGGUACUGCACUUUCAAACGCUAUGUUUAUAUCUCACUACGAAAGAAAUAACAACUGAACAAAAGUUGUCUUUAUCUUUUCAAUAAAGUUUUCGUGCCAUUUCUAAAUGUCUUUUACGACAAUAUGGCUGUAUUUUACGCAUUGAAAUGCAUAUAAUUUAAGCUAGUAUGUCAGUUUUAACCAUGACUAUAACUGCUGUACUUUUAUAUAGCAUGUUACAUGACGUUUGGAUCAACUAUUUUUUUUAUUUCGUAGGUGGUCUGAACAAGGCUUAUGAAAUACUUAUUAAUUAAAAUCCAACGUCGUCAUUUCAAUGUUGUUUUGCGUAUUUGUUUAGCUACAAACACCGUUUCAUAGUAUCAGUUUAAUCAAAUAUUUUAAUGUGACCAGAGCCUAUAUAUUUUCGUUUCUUAUAAGGCCAGCAAAGGCUAAUUCAUAUGCUAUUGUUACAUGCAUGAGUAAAAAUUGACAUGUUUUUUAUUACAGCUGACUGUACAAUAGUUUCAUAUACGAAAACAAUUUUAUUAUGUUCACGUAUUGUUAUAUUACUCUCAAAUAUGUAAAAUCUGCUCUAUUUAUAUAUUAGUAUCAUACGCAUGUGUCUUGUGAAUCGCAUUUUGUUACUUCG